AAUUUUGGAUUAAAGUUUGAGUUGGAAAAGUUAUAAAGAUUUACAAGAUCAAAAUAAGUUAUAAACUUAUAAUAAUUAUUGAUAAGUUUAGAAAGUAUUCUAUAUUUUACAUAAGUGUAUUAGUUUUGAAAUAUAUUUUCUUUAAAAUGCCAUACGCAAAUCAACCAUCCGUGCACAUAUCAGACUUAACAGAAGAAAAUGUAAAAUUUCAAGUAGAAGAUACAGAAUUAAGUGUAGCAAACAGUAUGAGAAGAGUAUUUAUUGCCGAAACACCAACAAUGGCUAUUGAUUGGAUACAAUUAGAAGCAAACUCAACAGUUUUAAGCGAUGAAUUUUUGGCACACAGAAUAGGAAUGAUACCUUUAAUAAGCGAUGAUGUAGUAGAUAGAAUACAAUAUACCAGAGAUUGUCAAUGUAUGGAUUUUUGUCCUGAAUGUAGCGUUGAAUUUACUCUUGAUGUAAAGUGUACAGAAGAUCAAACAAGGCAUGUUACAACUGCUGAUUUUAAAUCAAGUGAUCCUAGAGUACUACCUGUUACAUCUAGACAUAGAGAAGAUGAUGCUAGUGAAUAUGGCGAAACUGAUGAAAUUUUGAUCGUAAAAUUACGGAAGGGACAAGAAUUAAAAUUAAGAGCUUAUGCAAAGAAAGGAUUUGGAAAGGAGCAUGCAAAAUGGAAUCCGACUGCAGGUGUCAGUUUUGAAUAUGAUCCAGACAAUUCUAUGAGACACACUUUAUUUCCGAAACCAGAUGAAUGGCCAAAAUCAGAAUAUAGUGAAUUAGAAGAAGAUCAAUAUGAAGCACCUUUCAAUUGGGAAGCAAAACCAAAUAAAUAUUAUUUUAAUGUAGAAAGCAGUGGAGCAUUAAAACCAGAAAAUAUUGUAAUGAUGGGUAUUGCUGCCUUAAAAAAUAAGUUAUCAAAUUUACAGACUCAAUUGAGUCAUGAAGUACAAAGUGAUGCUUUAAGUAUACACCAUUAAAUAAUUUCAUUAAAUAUUUACUACAUUAAUUAGUAUCAGAGAUUAUUUUAAAUACUAUUAAAAAAUAAAUAUGUACAGAUAUAUGAAGUAAUAAUAUUAAAAAUUGACAUACAAACAUAAUUUGUUAAAACCAUGUA